AUUAUGAGUCUCCAGAAACAUAAAAUUGACUGCGAUGAGAAUGAACUCGACACCGCAGUCGAUGCCGCAAAGAAGGCUUUGAGUCAGUCGGACUCGAAUAGGACAAGAGCGUCCUUCGUUCGACGUGUUAUGGACGAGAAGUAUGGCGAGGCCUGGUGUUGUGUAGCGGGCAGAGAUUUUGGAAGGUGGGCUUUUCCGAGUUACCUUAUCUCCCCAAUCACUUUGCCUUCUUUUCUGUGGACAAUGUCUCAUUCCUUGUCUGCAAAACCUCGCAGAAUGUUUCAACAUAGCGAUGGAUAUUUAAUACCUAUAAAACUUGGCGUUGACACCAAUUACAAAUGUGCAGUAACCACACGCAGUAGUGUUUCGCCUCACCAUCGCAUCAUGUCGGAACCAAAAGUCAAACAACUUCAAGUGGAAUGCGACAAAUCCAAGCUACAGACGGCCAUUGACGCAGCUACCGAGGCGAUUAGCAGGACAAAGUCAAAUCAGGAGCGCGCCACUUAUGUGCGCCAGGCCAUGGACAACAAAUAUGGACCUGCUUGGAGCUGUGUAACUGGUCUUGACUUUGGAAGUGAAAUUCCCUACCUUCCGGAAAAUUUUGCCUUUUUCACAGUCGAUAACGUCUCCUUCCUCGUUUGUAAGUCUACGGAGAAUGUAAAAGUCAUGUGA